UAACCGAAUACAUUUGAGUAUCGAUUACGUUAUGUCAGAAGUAUAACUGCUUUAAUUUACCUAAUUACCCUUUGAAAUGAUUAAAAUAAUUACGACCAACCAUGUUUUCUCCAAAUAUUACGAACUACUUUCAAAAUGGCUGAACAGUAAAGGCAGAAUCUGUGACCUAAGAGGAAGUUGGAAAUUUUUCCUAUUUAGUCCCUUACUGAAAUCCUAGAACCUUGUCAGUUUCACUCGGUAUGCACGGGGUUGACGGCAGUUAACAUGGGGGACGGGGAACAGUGGGUGAUAGCCAAGUACGACUACAAGGCAGAGAAUAGCAAGGAGCUGGACAUUAAAAAGAACGAGAAACUCAUCCUCGUUGAUGACACAAAGGAAUGGUGGAUGGUGCAGAAUUCACGGAAUAAGUCUGGAUAUGUGCCAUCAAACUAUGUGAAACGGUCGAAGCCGUCUUUUUUCUCAAGUUUAAAGAAUACUCUGGGUAGAAAACAUAAGGAUGGUAAGGGAAUUGGAAGUCCGGUUGUUAGUCGGAAUGGUAACUCUGGCGGGGGUGGGGGUGGGGGCUUGGGGAUGUUACCAUUGCCUCCAGAGGGUUCAGAGGGGGAUAAAAGCUCUUUGAAUAGUGAAAAUAUACAGGUGUGUGAACCUGCUCAGCCAGCCAUAGUAAAAUACAAUUACACAUCUCAACGGAAAGAUGAAAUGUCAUUGACUAAGGGUGAAACUGUGUUGGUGUUCGAGAAAUCUAAUGAUGGUUGGUGGAAUGGACGAAAGGGCAACCACACUGGUUGGUUCCCUUCAAACUAUGUGGAGUUACAGACCCAUGAUAAUAGUGGCUAUUGCACUCCAGCUACAAAUUUGGAGGUUCGAACAAGUGAAAUUGUGACAGCGUUGUAUAAAUUUGAAGGAUCAAGUGGGGAGGAGUUAAGUUUUAAACAGGGGGACAAACUUGUGAUUAUGGACAAACCCCCUGAUGAUCCAGAGUGGUGGAAAGCGAGGAAUUCUCGGGGGGAAAGUGGGUUAGUGCCAAGAAAUUAUGUGCAAAUAAUAGAGGAAGCUGUGAGUGAUAAUGAGAAUACGUCAGCGACAAACAGUUCUUGUACUCCGCAGUCACAAUCCACAAGUAGUUUAUCGAACACUUCCAGUUUAGGGGCGGGGGGCAGAAAACAGUUCUGUGCCUCGGGACCAUUGUCAGAUAAAGAUUGGUAUUAUGGGAAAAUUACGCGACAACAAUGUGAGGAGAUGAUGUCAAAAUACGCCGUGGAUGGUGACUUCAUAAUACGGGAUAGUGAGUCUACUGCUGGUCACUACACAGUCGUGUUGAAGGCACCGGACCGUAACAAGCAUUUCCGCGUGCAAGUCAAUGACGGCCUCUACCACAUCGGCCCUCAGAACUUCAUCUCCGUCGAUGACCUCAUCGAACAUUACAAAAAACACCCCAUUUACAAAUCUGAGUCAGAAAAGCUAUACCUCAUUAAGCCUUUUACUUAUCCUUCCGAUUUCUAGCACUGUGCUGUUUGUUUAUUUAUUUAUUCUCUGUUCUGUGAAUGGGGUUUUAUAUGCUGUCUAAACCAUGUCUCCAAGUAUAAAUUUGUCAAAAAAGUUUUUAGUUUUUCGAAGAUUUCUUUUUUAAGGUAUUAUCAUUUCCUUGGUAAUGUAAGGGUUUGUUUUCAAAAACUCUUACUGAAUUGAAUAUUUGUUGAGUUAGGAUUAGCUAUGGAUUAAUUCAAACACAAGAAGAGCCUUUCUAAACACCUUUGGUGAUUUAAAAUGGUUUUGAUUGGUUUCAUAAAAGAACAACAUACUUAUUAAUAUAGAUAAUGCUAUUUUUGGAAAGCACAUUGCCAACAUAAUUGCUAAUUUAUCAAGUAAUUUAAGAAUCAAUGUUACAUAUUUAAUAAAAAAAAAUCAGGUUUAAUGGCAUACUUUUGUAAGAUAUAGUUUAAGCAGUAGGUGAAACCGUGAUUUUGUCCUUAAAGCUGCACUCUCACAGAUUUACCAUUUUAACGGUUUUUUAUUUUUUGUCUUGGAAAGAGGAAAUUUUUGCGUAAAUAUCUGCAAACCAAUGAUAUAAGAUUGCUGACAAAAAAUCAGAUCGUAGAUUUUCAUAUUUCCCUUCAAAAAUUAAUGUUUUAUGGCUUAAACCGUUACUAAGGUUUUAAGAAAUAUAUGCAUAAAAUAUCAAUUUUUGAACUUAAUUAUAAAAAUCUGCGAUCAGAUUUUUUGUCAGCAGUUUAUAACUGGUUUCCAUGGAUUUUCGCAAUAAUUGGCUCGUUCCAAGACAAAAAAUAAAAAAGUAGUCAAAAUGUUCAAUCUGUGAGAGUGCAGCUUUAACACCUUCAAUGUUUAAAAUGUCCCUCUCAGUGGUUAGUAACAGAUAUAUAUGUAAUGUAAGUGUGUGCCAAGUAUACCUGUAUAUAAAUGGUAAAUGUUUACUGAAAAUACCCCGACCAUGUGUACAAUAACAACACACUCUCUUGUAUCCUCUGUGUUAAGACCUUAAGUUUUCAGUGGGGCCAUCUUCUCAAAGAGUAUACAAAUAAUUCAAGAUACAGAAUUUAAGUUCAACAUUUAGUGAGUGUUGCAAGUGAAAAUGAAAGUUUCACUUGCAAAAUCUGAAAACUGAGUUGACUGAACAGACAAACAAAACAGGGAUACCAAUUUUCCUCUUUUCAGCUUAUUUCCUCUUUUUUUUGGCCACAAAGUUUUAAAAUGAAAAUUGUUGCCUUUUAUCUGAUCUAUACAAAAAAAAUGUAUAUAGUGUGAUAGGGAUACUCCUAUUUCGUAUUAGAUUCCUCUUUUUUUUACAAAUUUGCUUUGGCAUCCCUGACAAAAUUGUUUUGAAAUAGAUAUUUAAACUAUGUACUAAGAAACAUGAAUUUGAAACUGAUCUGUGCAUUGAUUAGAUGGCCCCAUUGUAUAUAAUACAGUACCUAUAUGUUAUGACAAAAAAAUGUAUAUAGGUUGUGUUGACUGAGAUUUGAACAAAAAAAGCAGUGAUGGAAGUUGAGUUGUUUCUGAUACUAGUGCUCACUAAGUCUGUUUUAUCAAUGUUGAAGAGUUAGGAAUUUAUGGAAAAUGGAAUUGAUACAUUGAAACUGUACACAGAAAAUAAAGAAAUUAGUUUAUCAAAUAAUUUUUUACUGUUAAAUAUGAUAGAUUGAAAGAAUUAGUUUCAAAAGUUUCGCAUGUUUUGUUAGGACCAAAUAUUAGGCAAAGCAAAUCUGCAUUUUAUUGUGGCAUAACUAAGGAUUAACUGCGUAAGAUUGAAUAAUAUAACCAAUCCAGUGUUUAUAAGAAAUGUGUUGUAUGAUGCUUGUUGAAUUAACUUGACUUAGGAAGCAUUUUCUAUUUUUCAUUUCACUUGAUCAGUUUGUACAAGUUGUAAUGUUUCAUUAUUGUAUAUAUUAAAGCAUUAAAUUAUUUGUCUGUAGAUGAAGUAUCUGUGUCAAUAAUGUGUAACUGUAUCAAAAGAGUCACAGUGAUAUAUGUCUGUACAUAGUACAUUAUCCAAUCCAAAGCGGUUUGAUAGGGUAUAUGGUGGAUAUAAGUAUUUUAAUGCAACAGUCAAAUAUUAUUUUAAACCAGAGCAAUGAAGCAAUUUCUUAACCAAGAUGCCAGGUCUUUAAUAUCAAUAUGGUCUAAUGAUUUAUGCAGGAUAUUUUAAUUUAAAAAAGUAGUUUACUGACAUUGUUCAUAUGUAGUUUGGAAAUGUUGUUCUUUAAGAAAGUAAAGAUAAAUCUCAGCUUAUAUCAUACAUAUGGUUUGGUUGUUAAAAGCACUUGCAAGAACUAUUCUUCAUAAUGAAAUAUCACAUGCUUUUUGUGCUUAAGAAUGUUGAUAUGGUUGAUGUGUUCUGCAUUUGAAAAUUACAUUUCUCUUUAAUUUUAGUUUACUAAGGCUUGCUUUGUUAACAAGUAGAUUUUUAAUGCUGUCAAAACAUGUAAUACAGUUCUUUAUAAUGUAUUUUUAUUCUAUUUCAUUAAUACAAUAAUUAACUGAAUGUUUUUUUGAAAAUGUGAUACAUCGGGAUUGACAUGGUACAUAAUCAGUGGUUGUGUUUGGUGAACAAGUCUGUAGUAGUUGUUUCCCUUGCAUUGCAGUAAUGGUAUUAUUUAUAUAGAGUUUUUUUUACAUUUAACAAGUUUCAAAAUUGAUAGGAAUUAGUUGUGCAAAUUUGAUACACAGCUAUGCAAAUGUGAUGUUCCAUCCAUUAUUUGAAUUUAAUUUAUUAAUUAUUCAGCUAUUAAAGCCCAUUAAACCCUUGUACAUGUUAUUUCUUAAAGUGGUUAAUUGGUUCUAUCUGAAAAAAAGUGUUUUCAGUCAUCUCAUUCUUGUUCCAGUGUCAAAGGUCCUGAAACAAUAUGAAUAUCUGGUAACUCCAAAUCAUUGUUAAAACUCUACCAGGAUCAUGAUUCGUCUCUUUAUAUACCUUGGGCAUUAGGUGUCAGUAAGGAAAAAAAAAUUGGACUUUUUUAUGAAAACUAAUGGAAAACAUAUUUUCAGUUUUCAGUGUUUAAGAAGCUACAUUCAAGUCUUUUAGGAAUAUAGUUAUUAAAGUUUUGUUAUUGUAAAAGAUGAAAAAAUACCCUUAUAAAAAUCUUUCAAAUUAUCUGAAUGUAUAUUAUGAAACAUUAACCAAUAUGCACUGCCUAUAAUAUUUGUUACAUAUAGUUGCCAUAAUUUGUAAAUCAUGGCCCUCUUGUUGUAAAUAUUGCAUGUAAAUGCAUACACUAUUGUUAUUAGAACUCCGGAUAAUUAAUAUAUUUUAUAAGCAAUAUUUUGACAUAGGGCAAUGAAAAUGUGCAUUAUUUUGAAAUAGUAGAAAUGGGUUUGUUAUGAUUAUUUUUCAUGGAUUGAAAAAUUUUACCUGUCUUUUCAAAGGAAAGUUUAGUUCAAAGAUUGUUAUUUUCUGUUGAUUUUGGUGUAUUGUUUUAGUAUUAUUGUUUGAGAAUAUCUUUUCCUUGAACUCUUGAAAUUCAAUAAAUCCAAGCUUGAAAUGAUGCAAUAGCCUUACAAACACUUUAAGCAACACAGAGCAUGUUUUUGGCAUAUUUAAUCAUUAUUAACAGUGGAGGUUUAACACAUGUAUCCCGGAGAUCACAUAAGUGGGCUUUCCCUUGGCAGAACAAAUAAAAAAGGUGAAAUUCAAGCUAUUGAAUUUAAUGUAGCAGAUCAAUGUUUAUGUUGUUUCCAAAGUAACUAGUGUAUAUUAAAACAGUACAAUUUUGUUUUUAUCUGGGGAUAAGCUUGGGAAAACCAGAAUAUUUAAAAUUCCGGGCAUCAACUAUUGAUGAUGUUUAACCAUCAAUACAAGGGUUUCGUUCACUUUUUACAUUUUUUUUAUAUAUAUUUGAUAGCAACUUAUGAUGAAUAGAAAUAGUUUCCCCUGUAUUAUACUUUGCUGCAUUAGGACCUGAACAGUAUAGUAGUAUAGUACUAUUGUUAAACAUGAGCAAUAUGCUUCCUCUCACAUAUUAUGAUCUUUUUUAUUUUCUUGCAUUGCUUUGCUAAUUUGAUAAACUUUUGACAGCUUUUCUAUUCUGUUAUAUAUAUACAAUGAGUCAUGCUUUUCAGUUAAGUAACAGUUAGAAUGCCCUUCCUAGUCAGUGUAUUAAAUGGAAUGAUUAUGCAACAAAUGUAGACCAUUAGUGCUAGUACAUUCUAAGGUCAAUCCUUGGAUUAAAAACUUUAAGCAUUAUGCUGUAUAAAUAGGUUCUAAAUUCUUUCACCAUACUGAUGUAAAUAUUACGAUAUAUUGAUGAACUUGAGUAUGUACUAUGUCUUCUAAAUGUGCAUGCAGACAACACGUAUGUGGAGUACAUGUGUAUUACUGAUUAUUAAUUAAAUUGUUUUUGA